AUGGUGGGUUUUGAGGGAGGAAGCAAUGACAAAACUGUCAAGAUUUUCAUCUUAUUCUUCACUGUUGCUAUAUGUUGCCUUGUUCUUUAUCACUCAAAUACAUACCAUUUAGAAUUCUUACCAAAUUCAUACAAUAACUCCAUUUUUUCUUCGUCUUCUCAAGAUCUAAAGCAAGGUGAUUUAAUCCCUCCAUCAACUGAUCGUGAGUCUUAUGCAAGGAGUAAUUAUUCUUCUUUAUCAACUAAUAACUCCAUUACUGGGAAGAAGAGCACUAGACGAGAAAGUAAUCUAACUUCAAAGAAGCAGAAAAAAAAAUUAAAGAAAGUGCUAAAAGAGGCAGCCAUGGCAGACAAAACAGUGAUCAUAACAGCUCUAAAUGCAGCAUGGACAGCUCCAAACUCCAUUUUUGAUAUUUUCUUGGAGAGUUUUAGAAUUGGAAACAAUACAAAAUCUCUGUUGAAGAAUUUAUUAGUUAUAGCUUUGGACAAAACUGCAUAUUCUCGUUGUUUGGAGAUUCACACACAUUGCUAUGCAUUAAUCACGAAAGGUGUUGAUUUCUCUGGGGAAAAACAAUAUAUGAGUGAUGAUUAUUUGAAGAUGAUGUGGAGGAGAACUGAUUUUCUAAGAAUUGUUCUCCAAAUGGGAUAUAGCUUCAUCUUUACGGAUGCAGAUAUAUUAUGGUUUCGACAACCAUUUGCACAUUUUUAUUCACAUGUUGAUUUUCAAAUUGCUUGUGAUCAUUACAUGUACGAUUCACUCAACCUAGAUAACUAUCCAAAUGGAGGGUUUAAACACGUGAAAUCAAAUAAUCGGACAAUCCAAUUCUACAAGUUUUGGUACAAAUCAAGAAAAAUUUAUCCAGAAACGAAUGAACAAGAUGUGCUCAACCUAAUCAAAUAUGAUCCAUUUAUCAAGAAAAUUGGAUUGAAAAUAAGGUUCUUAGACACUGCUUAUUUUGGAGGAUUUUGUGAACCUAGUAAAGAUCUUAAUUAUGUGUGCACAAUGCAUGCAAAUUGUUGUAUUGGUCUUGAUAACAAAAUACAUGAUUUAAGAAUGGCCAUUGAUGAUUGGAAAAAUUAUAUGGAUUUGUCAAGUGGUGAAAGGAAGUCAAAGAAUCAUACUUGGACUGUUCCAAGAAUAUGUGGAUAAUGAUGAUCAUCUGAUCAAUGAACAACCUUUUUCUUGUAAAUGUAAAUAUUACUACCUUUUAUUUCUUCUUUUGUUUCAAUUUCUCAAUUAUUUUUUCUUUGUACUACCCGUGAAAGCAUUUAUGAUAAUUCAGAAUU